CCUGUUUUCUCUCCCACCAGUGGGGUUACUUAUAAGAAAUAUCUCGGCGGACACUGAAGAAAACCCCUCCACCCUCUUCGUGUUAAACAGGACCAGCAAAUUCAUUUGCACCCUCAGAUUCGGGAUUCGAGAGCGAGACAGUGUCGGCAUCUUAACAAAAUCUUCAGCAAGGAAGCCACUGAAGCUAAACCAGCCUGCUUUGACUCAAACACAAAGACCUUGAAAGCCAGCAUGUCCAAAGCCACACCAGUGCCGGGGCCCAUUUGUUUGGUGGAGAAUGCGAAUGGAUCGCUCUGCGUCUGUAAGGACGCCAUUGAGUUCCUGAGUAGGAUCAAUGAGCCGGUGGUGGUGGUGUCUGUGGUGGGACUAUACCGUACGGGGAAGUCAUACCUUAUGAACCGCUUGGCAGGUCAACAUUCAGGCUUUGCUCUCGGAAAUACAAUCGAGUCAAAGACCAAAGGCAUUUGGAUGUGGUGUGUGCCUCACCCCUUAAAAGAAGGGCAUACUCUGGUGUUGCUGGACACAGAAGGACUGGGUGAUGUGGACAAGGGAGACACUAAGAAUGACGGAUGGAUCUUCUGUCUGGCUGUUCUUCUUAGCAGCACUCUGGUGUACAACAGCCGCGGCACCAUCGAUAACAAUUCACUGGAACAGCUGCACUACGUUACUGAACUCGCUGAGCAGAUCAAGAUCAGAUCUCCAUCAAAAGCAGCAGACGAGGAGGAAGAGGAUUCUCAUUUUGUGCGUUUUUUCCCCUCAUUUGUCUGGGUCGUAAGAGAUUUCACCUUGGAUUUGGAAAUAGAUGGAAGGAGAGUGACAGCGGACGAGUACCUCAACUUUGCCCUCCAGCUGAAGAAAGGUGUGAAUAAGAAAACCAAUGACUACAACUUGCCCCGUCAAUGCAUCCGGAAUUAUUUCCCUACCCGAAAGUGCUUUGUGUUCCCAUCUCCAACCUCAUCGGAUAAAAUGACACGCUUAGAAAGUCUACAAGAAGAGGACCUUGUGCCGGAUUUUUUAGAGGUCACACGUCAUUUCUGUCACCACAUGUUUGUCAAGAGUGCUGUGAAAACACUGAAAGGAGGACACAUAGUUACUGGGAGAUUACUGGGUCAUCUAGUUCAGAAUUAUGUGGAUACAAUCAGCAGUGGUCGUGUGCCCUGUCUGGACAAUGCAGUGGUUACUCUGGCAAAUCUAGAGAACCAGGCAGCCGUUCAAGAAGCUUUAAAUGUGUAUCAGUGUGGGAUGGAAGAGGUGAAGAAUAAGUUUCCAGUAAUUGUUACUAAUCUUACCUCGGAGCACCAGAAGUUCAGCAAUUUGGCCACUUCUGAGUUCAUGAAACGUUCCUUUAAAGAUGAAAAAGGAGAGUACCUUGGAAAACUGGUGGAAGCCAUAGAUAUGUACUACGUAGACCUGAUGGAUAAGAAUGAGAUGGCAUCAGAGCUAAAGUGCAGAGAGCUGCUGAAGAAUUUGUUCUCUGAGAUGAGUGAGCGGUUGCAGAAUGGAGUGUACAGUCAGUCUGGAGGAUAUGAACUCUAUUGCAGAGACAGAGAUGCCAUCAUUGCAAAAUACCGCAGUGAGCCCAACAAAGGAGUCAGGGCAGAGACUGUGCUUACUGAAUUUUUGAAUGAGCGUGGAGCUGAAGCAAAAAGUAUCCUUUACACUGAUAAAACACUCACCGAAAACGAAAGAAAGAUCCAAGAGGAGAAAGAAAGGGCAUCUCUGAUGGAACAGAGGUGUAAAGAGGAGGAAGAGAAACGAAUUGAGAGUGAACGAAUUAUGGAGAUAGAGAAAGUGCGGCAGGAGGACAGAAUGAGGCAGAUGGAGGAGAAGUUCAACCAUGAGAUGCAGCAGAAGCAGCAGGAGAUGGACAGAGCUCUGGAGAGCAAACUGAAGGAGCAGGAAGAACUGCUAAACAAAGGCUUUAAGGAGAAAGCUGAUUUUCUUGAGGAAGAGAUAAGGAUUCUAAAGAAAGAAAAGGAAGAGAACAGUUCUGGUGGCUUUUUUAAGGAAUAUGUGAUGCCGCUUGUCAACACUGUGGCAAGCUUGCUUCCCAGCAUCCUCGCGCACAGAGUGAUGAUGAAGAGUCUAAAAAAUUGCCCAUCCAAAUAAUUGUUACAUCACAUUCAUUCAUUCAUUUAUAAAUGUAUGGUGGUCACUUUAUUAUAAAGUGGUGGGGACAGUUGGGGUGUGGUGCACCGACGUGCUUGUUGUGAGCUCAGAAAAUAGAAAAGGCUUAGCUCAUGAGUAUUAAUUAGAUUAUGCAAAAAUAACUUAACAUGAUCUUUAACUGCUUUGAUAUAUAAACAGUCUAUGUAUUGUUGCAGAGAUUAGGCCUGUCGUAAAGAGUUUGCUUAUGUCCGUGUCAAAAGCUGACAUUAAAAAAUAAUUCAUACAGUGUAACGAUUUCAGUAGCAUAUUGACUUUCUUUUGUCAACAAGUUCUCAUCAUUAUUCUGUGAUUAAGCUGCAUGGCUGUAAAUCUUUAAUGCAUGCUACUACUGUGAAUGACCAUUGUUACUUUUCUUUACAUUGUCUGUUAUUUAAGUGUUUUUAAAUGACACUUCUAGGGUAUACUCAAAGUAUGUGUAAAUAAAACAAUCAUUCUAAAAAGAUGUUAAAAAGUUCUCCACACAGGCAUGAGUUAAGCAGACAACUUCCUCUACUAUAUGUUAUGAGUUUGUGAGAAUCAUUUUUGGUCAACAUCUGCUUAUAAAAGUGCACAAAACUUAUAUGGCAACAGUAAUUCUACAGUUGUGUAGAGAUUACUCUGCUGAACUGCAUCUUUGGUGUGUGAUACUGUAUACAGAGAUGUCAUGCCUACUGAUAGUGUGAAACAUUGUGAUUUAAGAUAUUAUCAAAGAAGUGUCAAAGCCGUGAAUUGAACUUGGGUCUCAAGAAUCUUAAUUUCUACCACUGAGCCACAUAAGGGAGUUUAACCCAAUAGUCAGGUGCGCUCUUAAAAGAACUCAGAAGAGUUUAACAAAAAUAGCAAAAGAGUAUAAAAAGCAAUUUCUUACUGACAAUCACAAAAAACUGAAAAAUCUUUAGUCCAGAAAAGGAUCUGAAAGGAGGAAAAAUAAUCUCCAAAAAACAGCAAAAAAUAAACACGGGGAAAGAACAAACCAAAAGGCUUACAAAGUUUAGUACUCGGAACUACAGCAAACUUACGGCAGUAACUGGCUAGGAACAUCAAUAACCAAGCAAAGAAACAAAGGAAGUGAACUUAAAUACACAGUCCAGAACGAGGCACAGGUGAAAACAAUAACACAUGAUAAAAUGGCGGGAAACUGAAAAGAAAUACAACGAGGGCCUCUAGUGGCCAAAAUAAAACAUUAAAGCGGAAAACUCUGACAAGAAGUUUCAUGUUUGGAUUUACACCAGUGAGGAUUAAGCUUUAAACAUUAAAUAAAAUAAAUGAUGUACUAAAAAAUAAGCACCAUGCUUUAAACUUUUACAACUACUCAGCUUGUGGGUGAGACCUACUGUAGGCUGGUGGAUAGUGCGCUCACUCCUAUUAAAUAAAAAAAGCUGGAAAUGAAAAUAAACUAUAUGUAAAUUAGUGUAAAUUGUAAAUCAUAAUUUUGUUCCUGGAUUUAAUUUCACAAUAAAAUUAAAUAAACCCUUGUUACUUUAAACAAUUUCAGUAGCAUAUUGACUUACUAUUUUCAACAUAAAACUAAGUUAAAUAACUGCACAAGCUUUUAAACUCUUUAAACUUUUUAAAAUUGUUGUUUUACAAAGUGUGUGUGUGUGUGUGUGUGUGUGUCUUCAAGUAUGCUGCCAUAUUACUACAUGAAUUGAUUCAAACAAGGUUUUUUGUGGUUAUUCAAACUCUAAAAUAGAGGUCGACCGGUUUUGCUAAUACCGA